AUGACUGUUCCACCUCCCAACCCAGACACGUGCGCUAGAAUCGGCCAAUUCGUCGACUGGAACGGCCAACAGAUUGAAUGUACUAUCGACGGUACUCUUUAUGGCUACUACCCGUCGCUCGGUGCCAACGGUUUCUUCGCUGCCUUCUUCGCACUCUGCUCUAUUGUGCAGCUCGUACAAGGCAUCCGCUACAGAACAUGGACGUACAUGAUUGCUCUUUGCCUGGGCUGUGUCGGCGAAGCCGUCGGUUACUGCGGCAGAAUCAUGAUGUACAAUGACCCAUUUGCAGAAGCCGGAUUCAUGACCCAGAUCUGCUGCCUAAUCAUCAGUCCCGUAUUCGUCGCUGCUGGUGUCUAUAUCACGCUCAAGCACAUCGUCAUUACCUUCGGAGAGUCCUGGUCUCGUCUGCGAUCUGCGUGGUACACUUACGUCUUUAUCUGCGGUGACCUGAUUUCGCUCGUACUCCAGGGUGCAGGAGGUGGUCUCGCAUCUGCAGGUGAUCCAGGCUCCACCGCUCAGGACGUCGGCACCGAUCUGAUGAUUGCCGGUGUCAUUUUCCAAGUCGUCAUCCUUGCAUUCUUUGGAUACUUCCUUGUCGAAUACGCCAUUCGCACACACCGCCGCCGCGAUCAGCUCUCAGCUGAGUCGGUGAGACUGUUCAACUCUACGCCUUUCCGCUGCUUCAUGUUCGCAAUUGGUAUUGCAUACUUAGGCAUCUUCAUUCGAUGCGUCUAUCGUAUCCCUGAGCUCACUGGUGGCUGGAGAAGCGAGCUGAUGCGCAAUGAGGUCGACUUCAUUGUACUUGAGGGUCUGAUGAUUGUACUCAGUGUCGGUGUUCUCACUAUCUUCCAUCCUGGAUACUGCUUCCCUGCGCUCGGUAAUACGAUUGGCAGAAUGAAAAAGGAAUCUCGUGGCAAGACCCUCGAUGCGAGCUCAGAUAUGGAGAUGGUUGCCGGUCACUAA